GUUUGUUGUGUUUGUUACUCUACUAUAAGCUGCUCACUGCACAUGCACACUCAUGCGACCCAUCCAUUUGGUGAUAAAGUCGUUGCCUCGUCCACAACGAUAAAGGCCGGGAAGUUCUCCACCUCUAUUUUCCACACAGCCUGCACACAUCGCAUCCAUUGCACCCAGAGAGAGCGGCAUCCAAAUGGCUGUAUCAUAUUGCAUUUAUCAUAUUGUACUCACUCCGGCAGACAGACAGGGAGACAUACAUGUGAGCACAAUAUGACCUUUCAUCUGUUGGCUGGCCGGAUGGGUGAAUGGAUGGAUGUUGUUGCUUGCUGAUAAUUCAUUCAGUCGAGCUAGAGGGGAGAAAGGUCCCGUACGCAUUGUGCGACUGUACCCGUGUUGUGUGUGGGGUUGUGGCUCUUCUGCAUGGCUGAAUGAGUGAGACAGAAAUGCAUCGCUCCCUUCACACGUUAGACAGUGUCGGUCGAGUGUCCACCAGAAGCUGCCUCCUCCGGCACUCAACACCCACUCUGCGUGCCCUGCUUUCUUCAAAGAGACUCUCGGAUAUAAAAUGGAGGCACCGAUCGAUGGCCGCUGCCGCCAACAAACACACACAUACACACAAAGAAAAACCACACAAGACCGCAUGUCUCUCUUCCCUCCGCCCUGCCAUGUAUCAGGUGCACUAUUAUGGCCAUUUGCACCCGUCGGGCUCCUGGAUGGUGACAGGAUAUACACACAUUCGCACACUUGAAGCACAUCCAGACAGACAGACAGACGUGACCUCUUGUCUGUGUAACUAAUGCCAUGCUCAUGUACUUGGCGAGUGCAAGGAAGCAUAGAUGUACCACUCGAGAGCUCAUCAGACCAUACUUUCGCGCCACUUCAGCAACAAUGGGAAAGCACACGGCUAAUUCUAGAGAACACAAGAAAUGAUGUUAGCACAGAGGCGUCUUUGUGAGAGGCUGCGCACCUUCAGCUCUUGGGCCAUUCGAGGCUUCGCCGAUCUUCUUUAGAGCCGACUCAAUGACUGGCAGAUCUUGGUCCAGGUCUCCUGUGGCAGAGACGUGUAUGCAGAGGAAAGCAUCUAUGUGUCUCUCUUUUGCUGCUGGUCGGUACCCGUGAGGCUUCUCAGGUCGGCAAUGAUUGAUUAUGUUUGGGACUUGAGUGUUGUCAAUGCUCGUCUCAUCUAGCUUGGAUGGUGCGGCGCCAGCCGCUCCGACAUGCCGCUGUUUCUGACGGCAUUAGGGGCUGCAAUCUAAAUGACAAGCCUUGAGCUGCCGCUCCAUGUCGCUCUUGAUCUCGGCAUUCAGGUCAUUGCCGAGGUCUGACGGCACAGCACAGCGCAAGCCGUGCGUGCGGGCCUGACCUGGAGUGAUACCACCGUCGCCAUCAUCUUGUCAACUUCCUGAGCGCACACCCACAGACUAGCGCUUCCGCUACACAGUGGAGACAUGACGAUUGUACACUUCCCACCCUCGAGUUGAUGUCCAGAUCGGUGUCCGUGUCGUUGGAUGCCGUCCGUGGUCGGCUGAUCCUUGGCCAACACGGAUGGAAUCUGGAUGGCCCUCUGGAUGUUCCAGAACAUGACGCCUGUGACAUUAGGGCCUGCAAACAUCACGCCACAAUACAGACAAUACCACUUUGACACACGCAUGGUUCUGCAUCUUGUGAUAUGUAUGUUGUCAGUUCGGUAUCCUCACCCGAACGCGGCGUCAUGGGUGAAGGCGGAGAGCGGCCCGCAGGUGUUCGCGCCGUUAUUGUGCUUAAAAGCGAUGAAUGACGACUUCGCUUGGCCUGUGUUGGUGUCAUCGAUGGCCGCUUGCGCUUAUCAUCAUAUGACAA